CGACGGCGGCGCUCGGCGGCGGGCGGCGGCGCUUGGCGGCGGCGGCGGGCGGCGGGGGGCGGCCAUGCUGCUCACCGUGUUCUGCCUGCGCCGCGACCGCAGCGAGCUGACCUUCUCGCUGCAGGUGGACGCCGACUUCGAGCUGCAGAACUUCCGCGCGCUCUGCGAGCUCGAGUCCGGCAUCCCGGCGGCGGAGAGCCAGAUAGUCUAUGCGGAGAGGCCUCUAACUGACAACAACAGAUCUUUGGCCUCCUAUGGCUUGAAAGACGGGGAUGUGGUAAUUUUGCGACAGAAAGAGACCGUAGAGCCACGGCCUUCAAUCCGUUUCCCAGGUCUGCCGAGGAUAGACUUCAGCAGCAUUGCGGUUCCCGGGACAUCCACGCAGCAGCGUCAGCCACCAGCACAGCGUCUGCGUCCGUCGCCUCCCGAUGCAUCUUCGUUCCCUCAGGGUUUGGAAAAUCCCGCAUUGCUACGGGAGAUGCUGCUUGCAAAUCCCCACGAGCUAUCCCUGCUGAAGGAGCGCAAUCCACCCCUGGCGGAGGCACUGCUCAGUGGAGACCUCGAGAAAUUCACCAGGGUGUUGCUGGAGCAACAGCAGGACCGAGCCCGGCGGGAGCAGGAGAGGAUCCGACUCUAUUCAGCUGAUCCUUUCGACCUUGAGGCACAGGCCAAGAUAGAAGAAGACAUAAGGCAACAAAACAUUGAAGAAAAUAUGACGAUAGCGAUGGAAGAGGCCCCUGAGAGUUUCGGCCAGGUGGUGAUGCUUUAUAUUAACUGUAAAGUCAACGGACAUCCAGUGAAAGCCUUUGUUGACUCAGGUGCCCAGAUGACCAUCAUGAGUCAAGCUUGUGCUGAAAGGUGCAACAUAAUGAGGCUGGUAGAUCGGCGGUGGGCUGGCAUUGCUAAAGGUGUAGGCACGCAGAAAAUAAUUGGCAGAGUGCACUUAGCUCAGGUUCAAAUUGAAGGGGAUUUCCUGGCGUGUUCCUUCUCAAUCCUUGAAGAGCAGCCCAUGGACAUGCUCCUAGGACUGGAUAUGCUUAAGAGGCAUCAGUGUUCAAUUGAUCUCAAGAAGAAUGUGCUAGUGAUCGGCACGACUGGUUCUCAGACCACUUUCCUCCCGGAGGGUGAGCUCCCAGAGUGUGCCAGGCUGGCUUAUGGGGCCGGGCGGGAAGACGUGCGGCCGGAGGAGAUUGCGGACCAGGAAUUAGCAGAAGCAAUACAGAAGUCCGUAGAGGAAGCAGAACGUCAGAAGCCUUGAUGCAUGUAGUGUGUGUUUACUGCAGCUGGAGUGGGCCACAGACCAGAGAAUAGUGACAAAGAAACUACCUCACUGGAAAUGCCCUCAUUACCAGCUUCUGAUGGGUUUCAAAAUCCAGUCCAGUCUUCAGGACAAAGUUCUAAGAUCUGUAAUCCCACAAAUCAAUUACUUGAUCGUUCUGUCUCUGCCCCUGCUUCAAUUUGCUCAUCCAAAUCUAGCCUCGCAGAGCCCGUUAAUCCUAGAGCCGUCAAGUCUUUUGAGUCUUCAACUGAAUGCCAGAUAACCCCAGAAAAAGAACAUCCUCUCUUAUUACAGCAUCUUUCCAAAAACUCUUCCUUGGCAGAUAACAAGCCUUCUCUCCAGACAGGUGAGGUAACUUGUUGCAGUCCAGCUUGCCCUUCACAGAAAACACUCAAAGAAACAUUUGUUGCUGACAGUCUAAUGGAAUGUAACGCUAAAGAACAAGGCUGUGGUCAGGAACCUCCUUUGGAAGUGACAAAAGAAAAUAGUUUGACUAACACUGCUAAGCACGGGCAAAUUGAAGAUGUAUCUUUGUCUUCAGAACAGGAGGAACAGAAGAAGAAGAAUGAGCUUGCCAUAGACCAUCAGACCUGCAAAGAAUCAGAGAAGCCUGAACAGCUGGAGAAACAAAUUGACACAACUGACCCAGAGGUUCCUUGCAAGGUUGGUGGGGCUGAGAAACCUGUUGUGGAAGAAGAGGGCCAUACAGCCAGCCAGCCAGAAAAUCCUCCUGCAGAAACGAGAGGAGAUGGACUAGAGAAAGCAGAUCUUCCCUGCAUGAAAAGGAGUAUCCAAAUGUCAGCCUCCUGUAGCUGUAUGCAUAUGGAAGUAGAUGUAGUUGAGCGGUCAGUAGCUGAAGUGCACAGCUCAGCGAGCAAGCAGAAGCAGCAGCCUGAGAACGGAAGUGUAUCUGACCUGAACUCAGAUGCCUCCUCUAUGGAGGUGGAGUCGUUGAAGUCUGCAACCUCCUUGAGUGAUCCGGUUUCCACCCCUGAUGUGUCACAGUCCAAAAGCACCAGUGAAAUUCCUGCAAAGUAUAAUGAGUUGUCCAAUGAAACACCUGAAAUCAGUUCUUCCCCCCCCAGCAUCCACCAGCCGGACACAGAUCCAGGAAGACCUGUAGAAGAGCCAUGUUUCUCUCUAGCAACAGCCUUGAAAGAGCUUCACAGACUCUUGAUUAUCAGUCGUAAAGGAGAAUGUAAACUCCUUGCAUCUGAAGUCUCUCAGCUGGAAAUGGUUCACAAAGAGCAAGCACAGCAGAAGGGGUUUUCUGAAGAUAAGCAAAAAGGCUCACAUCUAAAUGGCCAGGAACGGAGUUGUUCCUCCUUUAAGGGGAGGUCUGAAGGUAGAAAAGCAGAGGGGAACCAGCCUUGUGAUUCUGGCACAGAAAACAACCUUGGGUCUAUCAGUCACAUGGAGUCAGCUAUUGGAGAAGGUGCUUUAGAGAUUCAGGAGUUUUCAGGUAAGAGUGAUUUGAUUUUAGUGACUUCUGCAGCGACAUCUGACCAGCAACAGAGCUCUGAGCAGGCUGAAGUUUUGGCAGAAUGGAAUCAGAGUCCAACUAGUCCAGCCUUGGAACAAAACACAUCUAUUUCCUCUCAAACUGCUUUGGAUGAAGAUGCACCUCAAGAUAUUCGGGCACCAUUCACAGGAGCACCUGGGAGAAGCAGCAGUUCUUCUCCUGAAGGUCCGUGGUCAUUGGGUGGGUGUGAGGAACCGCUGCUGAGCCCACUUGCUGGCUAUACUGAAUUUCCCUUGGCUGCUUCUCCACCACCUGCUUUCCCCAUGGCUGAUGUUGAUCGAAUCCUUGGUGCUGGCUUUACCAUGCGAGAAGCUCUCGAGGCUUUGGAACAAGCGGAUGGAAAUGCAGAUCUUGCUCUUCUCAUUUUGCUCGCCAAGAGUAUUGUUGUUCCUACGUAACUACGGAGGAGGUAGCUGCCUGGGGUGUCUCUUCCUUUAAAGGACGUAUCUAAAUUACACAUCACAAUGUACAAGCAGAAUGUUGAGCCAGAUUUUUUAAUUCUUUGCAGCCAAAGUAACUUGUCUCUUCUGUUUCACUUGUUAGAUUUGGCCUUUUAAAAGAAAGAAAACGUCCUAGCAUUGUGUGGACAAGAUAGCUUUUAAUUAUGCAUACUGGAUUAAAAUUAAUGUUUUUAUUUAAAUGUAAAAUUUUAGAAUAAGCUCCAAUGUUAUGAAUAAAAAAGCAGAAGCCAUUAAGAUCGCCACCCUGUCCAGCGCAAAGCAGAUUGUGAAAUAAGUUGAACGUGUGUGUGUGUGCAGCCAGUGGCGAGGCACAGCACGUGGUGUUACAGGACAUGAGGUGCACACUGAGUUUGGGAUGGUGCAGGCGCAAAACAGCGCUUUUCUAAAUGUACUUUGUGGGUUUUAUCAGUUUUCUCUCUCCUGUGCUUUAUAACCAAAUGUAUGUGAUGCUGAUGAAACAUUUAUGGCAGCUACUAAAGGCUAUGUAGGUGCCCACAGAUGUGUAAAACUUCGCAGAAGGAGUGGGAGGGUGUGGGGUGGUUUUGGAAGCAUGUUUUCAUGUGUGCACAGGGAAAGCUGAUGCCUGCUUUUGCCAAACCCUUUUAUGCUUUUGGGCCAGUGUGUUUAAGUUUACAAUGUGGGGAUAAGGGAUAGGGAGAAUAAGGGAAGGGAUAGAAUUUGGUGCUACCAAAACUAAGAGAUGUACUAACUUAUUUGAGGAUAUGCUGGUAUUAAUUGUAGGUGGGGGGGGAAGGAGUAUUUUACUUUUUUUUUUUCCUAGCCUUGCCCACACCAUGUUCCCCCCCUACAAAAGAACAAGCUCAACUGCUGCAGGCAGAAUGUUAAUGAUGAAACUGCUUAAGAAAUCAACCGUGUGUUAUGGCUCUUAAUCCCCCUCUACCCGUGGAAGAUGGAUUCUCUAUGCACUGCAUGGGGGUGUGAUCAGAAGAAUGAAGAAAUCUGCUUUGCACUAAUUCAUCUUGAUGUUUGGGGGAUCAUCAGCCUCUCAGCUGUGGAAAUGCAAACUGCAGAAAGUCUGUAGCAGCUGAUGGGGUACUAAUUUAAUACCUCUUAAAGAGUGAGGGCUCCUGAAUAGGGUUUAUGAAACAAAUGCACUUGACCUAGCUUCUGCAUUAUAACCAUCGUGGCCUUCCGGGAAGUCCUUGGUGAGUAGUAGCCUGUCUGAUUAGGACUCACUGAGGCUGUGUUGCAGGAAGCUCUUUCCAGAUGCCUUUUUUUUUUUUUUUUUUUUUUUUUUCCUCCAAAUGAACUACUUUUUGGUUUUCUGCAAAGCCCCAAAAUACUGUUGGGGCUGGGGAAGGGAAAGGAAAGCAUGGUUAAAUAUGAUACCAAAUUUUAAGUAGGAACUUUUCCUUAAUCCCACUUGCAAAUCUCUGAAGUGGAUUUUGUGUAAAGUGUUCAUCUUUAACUUUCUGCUUUGAGCUAAACCUGAAGUGAUGGAUCAGCAGUGGCUGGAAAUACGUUUUGUUCAUGGCUUUCAUUUGUUAUAAUUGUCUCAGGCCUGUCCCUGGUGUUUUGUUUUCCCUGUUGCUUAGCAGGUUUGCCUGUGUGUAUGUUAGGCUUUUUUCACGCAGGAUAGCUUUUACACACAACACAAAUUUGGUUUCAUCUGCGAACUUGCAGGAGUUUCUCAUGUCAGUAAGUGGUGGUUGUCAGAUUUUUCUUAGAUGCUUGGGUAGCCAAGAGAUCCUUUAUAUUCUAAAGAGCUUUAAGGCAUUCCUCUGUUGAAUGGAGCUUUUGCUCAAGUUCUGGAGCUAGGCCUGGGGCUCCCAGACACAUUUAGCUUAUUUCCCACUACUUGUGGUGGCAGCAGUAGUCACUGUGCAUGUGUUGGAAGCAGCGUUUGGCUGUUUGGGACCCCCUUGCCUGAGUAAUAUCAAGUAAUUCACUUCAGGCUCUGUUCAAAAUAAGUUCCUGAGGCAAGGCUACAGCUUUAUGAUCUUUACCACGCAGGUGGUAAGAGUUUACCUGUGCUGAAGCUUUUUGAUACUUUCCUUGCAAUGAGCAUCCCAAAUCAGUGAAAGCCAGAUCUGUAAAGGGUAAUGCUUGGACUGCUACAGGAGUACAGAUGUUGUCAUCAGAUGUCUCUCUAGAAGCUUUAGGAAAUAAGAUAACAAUAUUAGUCCCAUUCCCGUAUGGUUCACUAUCAAAAGCAGCAACAUGAAUGAAGCUCCCAGCUCUCAGAUCCAGAGCAUCCUCAGUCUAAACAGCCUGUUUCUGCUCCCAAUUCGCACCAUGGGUCUCAGUGAGGUGGUCCUUGGAGCAAGCCCAUCUCUGGUACACAUGGUCAGUGCACCGAAGACACCAGCUGCGGGUGGUUGGCCCCCCUGGAUGCGUGAGAGCUGAAUUUGCACCCUUAGCCUGCAGGUUCAUUUACUGCCAGCUUCUUUGAAGCAUCAGAUGUUAGCCAUUCAAUGUUAUACCCUUUUCAUAUUUACACUUUUAUGUUUUUAGAAGCAAUUGCUAAUAGCUAGAGAAAGUACUGCUGCUUUGCACCAAACUGGUUAAAGGCUCUAGUUUUAUGGCCACGUUUACUUAGAUUGCAUAUACAGAAUUUAUGCUAUAAAAGCUUUAGAGCAUCAGCCAACUUGCUUCAAUGCUCAGUUUUAUUCUCUGUCAAAUAUAGUUUUUGAAAUCUGCCCUUCUGCCAAAGCUGUAAAGAAGCAUUUAUCGAUAUUGCUAGAAUUUCCUGGGUAACUUUCUCUGAACUGCUAGAAACAAAGCCUGACCCCCCAGUUGAUUAAUACUUGUAAAAUUAUUUUAUACCAAGUUGGUCCAAGCCUGGUGAUCUAAAUCUCUUCAUUUCACAGAGCCUUGCUUUGAGUGAAUGGUUAUGUGCUGCUAAAUUAGAGAAUAAUUUUGGCUUUUCAGGAGCAAGAUUCAUGUUAGAGAAAAUCUGGGCAGUGGUGAGUAUUUAAGGUUAAAUAAAAUGUAGUAGUUAGCGAAUGCUGUCUAAAAGUUGUCUUCUGUUUUAAUGUGUAUGUGUCCUCUCUGCUUUAUGCACAUACCCUUUGCUCAGCCUUUAGCAAUCUCUUAGCUGGUCUCUCUGCUUACCUGGCCAACAAAGUGGGAAUAUUUGUAUUUAAACGGGGAUGGAAGACUGCUGAAGUUUUUCGGCUAGAGUGGGGGAAAAAGGUAAUGCCAAAAGCUGUUUAAGUUUCCAAAGGAGCUAAGUAAAUGUAUUCUGGGCUAAAGUAAGGCUCUUCACACCCUUCUCUUGACCUCCUCAUUCAUCAGUGCUCCAAUAUAUUAACUGUCACAUCAGCUUAGCAAAAUGAUUUCACUAUGAAAAGUCUUAUCUGUAGAGAAUAAAGCAACAUUCAAGCUGCUUCAUUAAGAUGCCAGUGCCUGUGGGGACCCUACCGGGUCUGUAGGGUUUGUUUCUGGGUAUUUCCCAAAGCCACUGUGGUCAUGUACCUUGCCAUUUGGUUUCUGGGAGGUAUUCCUUUCCUUAAAGAUACUGAAGGAAUUUAUUGGGCUUCUUGCUGAAUGCCUAUUUCUGUAAAUGAGGCUCUAGGUAAGUUUAGUGAUGUUCAGUGAAAUAACAUCUGAAAGUCUCUGGGCACAGAUCUGUCUGACACGAGGAGGAAAUAUUUCCUGGUGACAGGCAUGUUUACGGGCCGCUGAGCAGAGCUGCACUGUGCUGUAUUACUGUGACAAUCUCUGCCUUGUUGCUAAUUAUGUUUAACUUUCUAUGUAGACACUUGGUCUCAAGGACUGUUAACCUUGUACCUCCUAGAUAUGUUCCUUUCUUUCUGUCCUUGUCUCUCCCUCUUUCUUGCUGUCUCCUUUCCUCCAAAGUAGCAAUAUUUAAGUGUACUUGUUGGAUGCUUAACUUCCAGAUGGUAAGUUUUCCUUAAAACACUAUGCCAUUUAUCAGCAAAAGGAGGAACAUAUCCUAGAGGUUUCUUCACCAGACUUGGACUUCUUGCCACGCAGCUCCUCAGAACUCUAAUGUGAAUUCAAAGAGGAGAAACCAAGAGGCUUUUUGCCUGCCUCUCUCGGAGGUCAGCUUGGGAAAUUGGGUUGGUUUUGUGUAUAUCAUUCCCUUAUGAAGCGUUCAAGAGAUUUCUUCCUGCACUGUGUAGACGUAGCUUAGUCUGUGAUCCAAAUGUGUAGCGGUUUGGGUUUCUCUUUGACUGAUGCUUUUUAGCUUAAGAGUUUUACAAACUCACUUAAGGAACUUGAGGGAAUCAAUACUCAGGAAUCCUAAAGCUGGUUGCAUUUGUGUCAUUUACUCUUCUGGGCUGAACAUACUGCAGUUGUCCUUGCAGACUGAAGGGAAGUGUGGUUGUAUCAUCAGAAAAUGGGAUGUGGUUCUGCCCAAAGUAAUACACACUUGAUUCUUUUUUGAUUUUUGUUUUUUAAUAUUGGGGGACUGUUUAUCAACAAAAUUGAUGUGUAAAAAUUUGAUAUUUAAAAAAAUGAAUAAACACUUUAUCAUAA